AUGAAGGGGCCUCAGCUGCGAACCCUGCCCAACCUCUUUGCGAAGUAUGAGCUGCGGACGCCGAGCCAGGUCAAGCUACCCGACGCUCCUUGCGCGGCCAUAGACGCCUUGCGCUCCUAUCCGACCUUCGCGUGCUGCCUCUGCGGCAGCUGCCUCAUCCGGUCGGACCACGCCCGGGAAAUGCACAUGUCUAGGGAGCACAAGCAGAAGCCGGCGCAGCAAAUCGGGGGGGGGCUCGUGGCGGCGGUGCCCCAAGUGGGAUCCGACCACGACCAGGCGAGCGGCGAUGGCAAAGCCAGUGCUCUAGAACCUAGGGAGCAGGAGUUCUUUGAGCUGCUCGAUGAGGACACGGCCGUAGCAGAGCUAGAUGGGAAGGCAGAGGCCAACAUCGUCCAUGGCUUCGGCAGCCACAGAGGAGCACACGCGGGGCUUGAGGAAGAACGAGAUCCACGCCUUGAUCGCAGUGCCGAAGAGCCCGUGCUCGAGGGCAUGGACGAGAUCCUGUCCGAGGCGCACGGGUGGUGCUUCGACGGGCCGGAGUGCAUGCUGACCUGGCUACGGCAGCUGGCGUUGAGCCGCUUCCACACCGCCUCUACGGACAAGGCGCGGGGGUUCGACCUCUCAAGAAGAGCCCACGAGGCAUGGAAGGCAACCUUGCGGAGUUCUGUCGACAAAGACCGGCCUGCGCCGAAAGACGCCCUGUCAGUCCUUUCGAUGGCGCUGGUCUGCCACGAACCUGGGGGCAACCGCUCCAGCUCUCCGCUCUUGAGCUUGAUCGCGAUGCUGAGCAUUAAGCCUCGCACCAAGACGUGGAAGGAGCCGGGGAACUUGAACAGCUGCCUGUCCGGUCUGAUCUGGGUUGUACAGCUGCUGAUCUUCGCUGCAAGCGUCUACCUUGAGAAGUCGGACGCGGGAGGAACCCUAGAGUGGAUCGAGGGGUUCUGUGAGAAGUUCCCAAGGCCAGACACAGAGACUCCCAUGGGCGAGAUCCUAGGCUAG